AUGGCUGAGAAUCAUGGCGCCUGGCUGAUUACCGCCAUGGCCAUAUUUUUGCCGUGGUCAACACUGACAUUUUGUGUCCGCGUAUGGGCAAAGCUCACGUCGAAGGACUGGGGCCGGGAUGACUACUGCAUUUCCUAUGCCUUGGCUUCUGCUCUCGCACAUGUUGCGCUUACCUGCAACGCGAUUCAACAUGGAUACGGCCUUCCAAAGGCCAAGAUUCGGGUUCCUGAUUUAGAACAUGUCAAAGCUGCACUCUAUGCUAGCCAAAUCCUAUACAUCCUCUCCGUCGGACUAUGCAGAGUAUCAGCCGCGUUUUUCAUAGCCCGCAUGACCUAUUUAGGUCCUCAAGCCAAACCAGCCCAUGUGAUUGCUACAUCCUCGUCCUUGUGGAUAUUGAUUUCCGUGUUCGUUAUUGCGUUCAGAGGGCCUUUGGACCGUCCAUGGGAAGUGUUGGAAGGAGUUGAGGCCACAGGAAUUGUCAUCGAGCUGAGUCUCUGGGCCCUAUCUAUACACCUCGUAUGCAGCGUUCAAAUGAGGGUCAAGAAGCGUGCCUUUAUCAUAUGCGCGUUUGGCGCUCGGCUCGGAACUGUUCCCAUAAUAGUCUGUCGUGUCCUAUGCAUGGCUCCGCGAGAAAAUUCCGAUCCUAUGCUGGCGGGGAUCAUUCCCAGCGUCCUUACUCAAGGAGCCAUUCAUUUUUCUAUAAUGGCGGGGUGCAUAACGUGCCUGCGACCCUUUCUCCGAACCUUUAACGCCACUUAUACUGUCGAAAGCAGAGGAACGGCGGCAUGCGGUGAUAGCAGAGGACAAAGCGCCUACUAUUAUAGACUCGAGACGCUCAAAAGGGUGGAGCGAAACGUGAUAGACUCGAACGAUUCAGCCAACUGGCGGCUAUUUGAAGACUCGUAUGAAGGACACGCGGUUGUGUACCCUGCCAAGCCUCAUCUUGCCACGAAGGACAAUAGUACCUCGCGACACGCAAACAGGAACCCGUGUGCUCGACUUCGCGAUGAGGUGAUGGCCGACGAAGCUGAUGGCUUGGAUCGUUCGGUUAUCCAGAGACCGACGGAACUACCGUUACGCGACGAGGGAGAGGUUUGA